AAAUUUAUUACCUACAUUCCCAAGUUUCAGUAAAUAACAACGUCAAAAAAAUACCCACUCUCCAUUAAUCUUAAUAAUUAUUUUCCUUUUUAUAGCCACUUUUAUACCUACUUUACUUUCAGAUUAAUCCGGCUGUCAGGAACACCCUGCUAAUGAACUACGUCAUAAAACGGGCGACUUUCUUACUGGCCGAUAACGAUUCUACCUCGAUGUUUAUUGAAAACACAAACAUUAAAAUCCGGCAUGUUGUAGCAGUUUAUAGCAGCAUUAACAACGUUAAGCCCAGCGGGCUUAAAAAUUUAUUCAAUCAUUCCUGGAACUCACGUGCCAAUUUCCUACUAUGGAUCCUUGAAAACUCCAUAGAAGAAGAACAAGAACAAGAAUUACCACCGAACCAAAAAGAUAAAAAAAUUGAAGGAAUUAUGACUGAUUUUUGGGCCCUGGAUUGCCUCAACGUAGUUCUGAUGAUAAAUCAGAAUUCUUCAUUCGCAGCAUUCACUUAUGAUCCUUUUACUAUAAACAAAGGGAGCGUUGUUUCUAUUGAUCCAAUGGAGCCGUUCUUUACCGAUAAGACGAAGAAUCUCCGGGAGUAUCCAAUUGCUGUAUCGAUGUAUCAGGCGAAACCUAUCUCUGUGAAUCUAUCGAAUUUCACGUCAUUAAUCGGGGCUCGAGGAGUAGACGUCGAAGCCAUGAGAUACAUCUCAACCUCGAUUAACUUCUCCGUGGUUCUCAAAAGCGCAUUCAUCUCUUUGUCAGGUUACUCAUACAACUUGCCAGAUGGAACAGUGAUUGGCCCAAUCGGAGACAUCAUCUCGAACCGCUCAGAAAUUUUGGGAAAUCCUCAGAUAGUAAAUACAGUUCUGGACAGAGAUUUGGAGUUCUUGAGACCGUUUGGUCGGUCUUUGAUGAUGAUUGCCGUUCCCACAUCCAGCUACAUGCCGGGAGUUUUAAGAUUGUUCCGAACAGUUGACCAUGAUUUGACUAUGUCUAUGUUGGGAGCAUACGUGGUUUUGAUGCUGUGUUUGUUGAUAAUCAAAAAACGCAAUCCGCUGCUUGAAACAGCGAGGAUUGUCAUCCAACAGCAAUGCCAUGAAAUAAGCAACAGAGUUUCGGAGCGCAUUUUCAUGAUGAGCUGGAUCAUAUGGGCCUUCAUUUUGGCCUCUGCGGGACAAGUCCACUUGAUGAAGGCGCUAACUGAUCCACCUUUUUAUCCGAACAUCAACACUCUUGACGAGCUCGUAAAGAGUGAUCUGACGGUUAUUCUUGAUCCUAUUGUCUACAGAUCUUUGAACCACUCAGAACAAUCAUUGAACAGAAAAUUGAUAGAAAAGGCUGAACAAGGAACCAAUUUUGACUCUUGCCUGAUCAGGCUUUCUAUCAGUGAACGGGUCGCUUGUGUUACGGAAAAGUCGAUCAUCAGGUACCAGGUGUUUUCUUUGAAUCGAAAAAUUGGAAAAAAGAAGAUCAGUACCAAAAAAAAGGCACAUAUCGUUAAAAGUCCUGUGUCUACUUUUUGGAAGACCUUGGUUGUUAGGAAAGGGUUCCCUUUUUUAGAUAAAUUUGAUAAAGCUUAUCAGAAUAUUGUUGAGUUUGGGCUGAUUUUUAAGUGGACCCAUGAUAUUGGAAAAGUUUUUAAACCUAAGACGAACUAUUUUGGCCCACUUAAUUUGAUACACUUUGAGGGGAUUUUUAUAAUUUUUGGAGUUGGAAUAAGCUUAGCAAUUGGUGCUUUUAUUGGAGAAAUUGUUGUCAGUUAUAUUAAAUAUAAAAUGAUCUAAAAAUCUCUCAGUGAUGAGAUUCAUCAGUGAACGAAUUUUUGGUAUAGUCAUAGAUAAUUUUUUAUGUCCUGUCGUAAAAAAUUGGCCAUAUUAGAAUAUAUCUGGUUUGAUAUGCCAAUAUAUAAUUUUUUGAUAAAAGUUAACGCUGAAAAUUUUCGACAGAGAACGCAUGAUCGCUGAAUUGUCUCACUACAAGAGAUUUAAGUUUGAGAAAUUAACUUAUAAAAUAAAAAUAAUUUUUGUCA